AUGGACGCGACGACGACCACCGGCGCGACCGCGUCGCGCGCGAGCGCCAAGGCGCGCGAGCUCGCCAUCGCGCGCGCGCUCGCGGCGUGCGAAAGAACGGCACCGGACUCGAGCGUGAACGAGCGAAAGCGGCAGCAGAUUCUCGAAUCGUUGAGGGACGGGUUGAAAAGCAUCGAGGGUGACGUCGAUGCGGCGAUAUGGAAGGCUUACGCGACGAGAAUUGACAGAUUAGAUGUUCUUCACUCGACGACUCGAGGUGAGGUCGCGUCGACGAGCGGUGCGCCGCUGAACGAGACGUCGGUCGACGCACCGCCGCCGACAGCCGGCGCCGCGGCGACGACGCGACGCGCGUAUCGACCGUCGUUUGCAAAGACGACGACGCCGCGAGGCGUCGUCGCUUGCAUUACGGAAGUAGUUAGCAAAGACGACGAUGAAUGCGCCGCGUCGAGCGCGGCGAGACGAAGUCUCCACGGACCGCCGUCGACGAAGACGCUCACGGCGGAGGACGAAGUCGAGUUGAGAAGGCAACGCGCUAUACAGGACGGAUUAACGGAUGAGAUGUCCGAGCUCGCGAGUGGAUUAAAAGCUAACGCACUCGCGCUCGAACGUGGGCUUGGUCGUUCGUCUGCGGCGGUCGCGGAGUUAGAGUCGCGAUUAGGCGCCAACGUUCACGGCGUGAAGUCGAGCGCGAAGCGGCAAGACGCCGCGUUUCGGGCGAACCGGCGCGGCUCCUGUUGGACGUGGCUCAUACUCGCUUUAGUCGGCGUUUUAUUCGCGUGGACAUACGUCGUCAUCAAAGUUUCUAGCGAUAGGACGAAGCGUUCACGCGCCAAGGCGCUGUAA